AUGAAAAGUUUGGGAACCCCUGACUGCUACUACCACAUCUUCUGUGCCAGCUGCCUGCGUGGCAGGGCCAAAAUGCUCCUCUAUUGCCCCCUCUGUGGAUACCCUUCAGUGGUAAAAGGAAAGAAUGCACUUCCUCCUAAAGAGCGUUUGCUGAAGUUCCUGUUGGAUAAUUCGACAGACAGUGUUGUGCAGUGUGCUAACUGUGAUGUGGAAUGCAAAGCUCAGGAUGCUGCAAUGUAUUACUAUAAUACCUGCAGCCAGCCACUGUGUGGAGACUGCAGAGAGCUCAUACACAAUGCGAAAAAGUUUGCCAAGCAUGAUAUUGUGUCUCUGGCUAAAUGCACCAAAGAUGGACACUGCUGUGCUGUGAGCUUAAUCAUCAUCCUUCAUCAAGUUGCUAUAGUGCUGAAAACCAUGGUGGGUAAAGUGCGAACAAAUUUUAAGGAAGAGCAAAGUGCUAUCUGUGCCCUUUUCAACAGCUUGCAGCAUCUCAUGGACAGACUGAAUAACACUGUAAGGCUACCACACAAGCUCAGAGUACCAAGUCUGCAGUCUCCGUUAUCUAUGUCGUGCCCGUCCCCUCCGCUCAAUGACAUGCCUUUAGGCCGCAAGCCCCCCUCUCACCGUUACAUUUGCACCAAGGUGCUGCUGGCCGAGGGCCGAGAGUCACCGUUCACCGAACACUGUCGAAACUUUGAGAAGAGUUACAGGGUUCUUCAUGCAGAGGUCCAGAAGCUGAAGGAUGAGGUUCAGGAGCUGCACAGAGACCUCACGAAGCAUCAUUCACUUAUUAACACGGACACCAUGAAUGAUGUCCUGGAAAGGUCUCUGCUCAUUGAUGAACAGAUCGCGUCUCAAUAUUCUGCAGUGCAGACCCAACGGGCUGUGUUUGAGGAGAUAUGGGAUGUGACAUUUCAAACAGUAACAAAUGAGCAGGAGAUCUAUGAAGCGCAGCUUCAUGACCUUCUGCAGCUGAAGCAGGAAAACUCUUACUUGACAACCAUUGCACGACAGAUCGGACCUUACAUCCUAUCCAUAGCAAAAGUUAAAGAGCGUCUGGAACCCAGGUUUCAAAAGCCAUAUAGUACUGAUGAUGAUAGCAUAGACACUACGGUACAGAUCAAUGAUGUGAUAAACAGCAGCAAUAAGAAGAGUUGCUCUGCAGUGUAUGACUCAAGCACAGACAGAUGUGUUAUCCUGCAGCCUGAUGGGAUGUUUAAAAACGAGCAGUGACUCAUGUCGGCAAGGAGAACAGAGGAAUAUUUCAGAGACCUCCUGUUGCAAAAACCUACCGCUAUUCUGCAUGUUUGGACAAUGGUGAACUUUAAGGGCAAUCAUGGCAUUGAACGUGGAGUAGCUGGAAGCUAAGAAGGAUGGUCGUAUAGCUUUUUAGGUCUGUUAAACUAAAUGGAUCUUUGCGAAAGAGUUAUUUCAGUUACUGAAGGUGCCAUUGUUUUGUGGACUGAUGGAUUAUGACUUUUAUGUAUAGACUGUAAAGAGAAUAUACUGUAAAUAUAUUUGAUGAUUAAAAAUAAAAUGCUGAUUUUGCGUAUAUGUUACUACAUACCUGUCUAGGUUGUGUGUGGUCAUUAUGAACAUGCUUAGUGAAAGCCAACAAAUGCAAUAAAAAGUCACCUUAUAUAAAA